AUGCUCAUACAAUCAAUAUUGUCCCGUUUAGAACCCAUCAGCCCAUGUCAGGUAUCUGAUCACGUGUUCGAACUCUACCUGGAGCGCCUGGUCCAGAAUCAGGACUUGGGGUACGUCGAUCGGACCCAAAACCAUAUUUCUUUCACUCUUCCCCUUUGUGAUAUCGACUUAACUAUCACCCAGUCACUCUCACAACUUUCAUCCCUGGGCUCUUCCACUGGUUUUGUGUGUUGGAGCACUAGCCUGAAACUUGUGGACUGGAUAUUAGGUGACAAGAGAUGCCCAUUUGGUCCGUACUUCUCGCUGGCACAGUUGGAUGUCUUGGAGUUGGGGGCCGGGGUAGGAGGUAUAUGUGGUUCAGUAUUAGGUCCACACAGCAAACGGUACGUGUGCUCGGAUCAGAAACUCCUCUUGAAGCUUCUCCGUGUGAAUCUUGAACAGAAUGCUCCUCAAACUGAUAUUGGCGUGGUGGAGUUGGACUGGGAGUAUUUGCCCCAGGGCUUGGAAAAUUAUUAUACCGCUACAGAGCCAGGAAAUACGCCAGACUUGGUACUAGCUUGUGACACUAUCUAUAAUGAGUAUUUGAUUCCGUUCUUCCUUCGAGCACUAGACCUGGUAAUGUCUCAUCAGACUGUGUGCAUAGUUGCCGUGCAAAUGCGAGACGAUAUAACUCUUGAAGCUUUUGUCAGCCAGACGGUGGAAAUGGAAUUCGAUCUCUACACUGUGCGACAGGAGGACUUGUCAGAUCAGUUGUCACGUGGCUACGUUGUGUACGGUAUCACAAGGUCCCAAUCAUAG